AUGGAUUCGCUUUCAUGGAAAGAUGCAUUAUCAGCAGCGAUAGGCUCCUGUGUACCUUGUUUCAGGCCCUCAAACGACAGCGACAAUGACUCUUUUCAAAAUCCAUCAUCAUCAUCUCGAAGUCGACCACCCCAACACCUCGAAUCUCUUUUAGCGGAACCUCUGGAUACGGAUACAGAAGCUGAGACGGUUUCGCUUCAUUCUAAUUUAGGUUCGGGGUCUGGGACUCCACGAACGAGAAGGAACAAGAAGAAGAAGCAGAAGAAGAAUCAACAACCCGGAGGUAUAACCCUUUUCGGUCUCAACCUCUUCGGACGACGAACGGGCGCUGUACAUCUACCUGACGACGACGAGGAAGUGGACAGACUUUUGAAUCGUUAUCCCAGUCGUCGAUUAAGACGCACCUCGUCUUCAUCUACUACACCAGCAGGUGCUACAACAACGAGAUCUUCCUCUCUUACCUUCGAUGCCGAUGCAGCACCUCUGGACGCAGCAUCCCUUGACCAGCUUACCCCAGCACAGUUGGAAGAACGUGCUCGUCAAGCUGAGUUACAAGUUGAGGAAGAGAGAAGGGCGAAAGAGGAGAGGAAGAGGAAGAGGAGGGAGAAGAAGGAGUUGAAGAAAUUGGCUGCUCAGUUAGCUGUUAGCGGGCCUGGGGAUGAUGGGGAUUUUGAAGGUUUCCAAGGGAGUGGUUCGCUCGGUGUCGGAGCGGGAACGGGAGUUAACAACGGAUAUCCAUUCAUCCCAGCACCCUUGUUCAGCCCAGAUACAAUGGGAUCACAGUCAGUUGAGGACGAAGGAGAUGGUUCAGCUGAUUUGGACGGUACUCUCUAUACCGGUCGGAGUAGAGCUGGCGGUGCCUCUGUGAGCGGCGGUGGAUCCGACUCGCAACGUUCUCCUGCUUCGGGUUCCGCUGCGUCAUACCACGAAUACCAAUACCAAUACCAAUAUCCAAACGAGGCCAAUCUGACACCGUCAACGGCACCCACUACAAAGAAGAAGAAGAAAUCUUCAUCGAGUAAAUCCAAAUCCAGCCAGUCUCAUUCUUCUGCGACGUCUUCGACACAAUCGCCUUCACUCGCGUCGCCUGUUGGUACUGAAUUCAUGGGCUUGCCUUCGCCGUCACCCCUUGGUGACAGGUUUCCUCGAAAGCCGGUGUCGGUAAUGACGGAUUCGUAUUCUGUGGAGGACCGAGGGUUUCCUAGUCCUGGAUUUGGAGGGCUGGCUAGAGUUGGGAGGAAUGGUGCGUUUUUGGCGAGUAAAGGGGAUGAAGCCUAG